UGCAUUUCUAACUGUGCGCGCGUUCGGCGGGUUCCGUUAAAAUGGCGAGCCGAUGGAGGAGUGCAUAGUGAUAGAGACAAGAGUGCUUUUUUCUAUCACACCAGCAGGAGGGAGAUAUCUGUACAAUGGCGGCUUUGGAUCAGAAAUCGCCCAACGUGCUUUUGCAGAGUCUUUGCUGCAGGAUCACGGGGAAGAGUGAAGCUGAUGUGGCGCAUCAAUUCCAGUACGCUGUACGGGUCAUCGGGAGUAAUUACGCCCCCACCAUCGAGCGGGACGAGUUCCUGGUGUCCGAAAAGAUAAAAAAAGAAUUGUUGAAACAGAGACGAGAGGCAGACGCAGCUCUUUUUUCAGAGCUCCACAGAAAACUCCAAACCCAGGGGGUGCUGAAACACAGAUGGUCCAUCUUGUAUCUCCUCCUCAGCCUUUGUGAGGAUCCCAGGAAACCGUCCACCCGGGUGGGCAAUUACGGUUCGCUGUUUGCCCAGGCUUUGCCACGCGAUGCCCAUUCUACACCGUUCUACUACACCCGGCCACAGAGCCUGUCUCUCAGCUAUCCUGAGCGCUCAGCCCUGGCUGCCCACAACGCCUCCAGCAUGGGCACCAGUGGGAUAAGCAGCCUGGGCAUGUACCCACUGAACGGCCCUGGUCCCAGCCCUCAGUCCCUGCUUACUGGUCCCCAGACUGGACCUGAUCCUGCACGUGGCGCUCGUCUGGCUUGGGCACUCCCGACCACCGGGGCGGCUCCACUGAACUCCCGACCUACAACAGGACCCGCCCCUGGCCCCACCUCCAGUCCUGCCCCCAGACUCCCUCACAGACAGAGACGGGACGGUGACACCGGUGCUGAAAUCAGUGAGGGCAUCCUGGUCCGAGACAUCCUUUACGUCUUCCAGGGAAUUGACGGCAAAUUCAUUAAGAUGUGCACUCCCGAGAACUGCUACAAAAUUGAUUCAAAGGUUCCAUUGUGUAAGUCUUUACGAGACACCAGUAGCCGGCUAGCGGAGCUCGGCUGGCUUCAUAACAAAGUCCGGAAGUACACAGAUUCUCGAAGUUUGGAUCGAGCCUUCGGAUUGGUCGGGCAGAGUUUCUGUGCUUCCCUACACCAAGAGCUGAAGGAGUAUUACAGGUUACUGUCAGUACUGCAUUCACAGCUGCAGUUAGAGGAUGACCAGGGAGUGAAUGUUGGACUGGAGAGCACACUCACUCUCAGAAGACUCCUCGUGUGGACGUACGACCCUAAAAUUCGCCUCAAGACCCUCGCUGCACUUGUCGACUACUGCCAAGGCCGUAAGGGAGGGGAGCUGGCCUCCGCCGUGCACGCGUAUGGUAAGACCGGAGACCCUCACAUGAGAGCGCUAGUCCAGCACAUCCUCGGCCUGGUGUCACACCCCAUUCUCAACUUCCUGUACCGCUGGAUCUACGACGGAGAGCUCGAGGACACAUACCAUGAGUUUUUUGUCGCAUCUGAUCCAACAGUAAAGACGGACAGAUUAUGGCACGAUAAGUACUCUCUGAGGAAGUCGAUGAUUCCCUCCUUCAUAACCAUGGAUCAGGCCAGAAAGGUCCUGCUCAUCGGCAAAUCCAUUAACUUCCUGCAUCAGGUGUGCCACGAUAGGACGCCACCUGGCAAAAUCCUGCCUGCCUCUAAAUCUGCUGACUCACCCAAAGACGCGGCUGAGCUGUUCACAGAUCUGGAGGGGGCGUUCCAGAGUAAGAUCGACGCUGCGUACUUUGAGACCAGUAAGUACCUGCUGGAUGUGCUGAAUAAGAACUACCAACUGCUCGAGCACCUGCAGGCCAUGAGGAGAUAUCUGCUGCUGGGCCAGGGGGACUUCAUCCGCCAUCUGAUGGACCUGCUGAAGCCGGAGCUGGCCCGCGCUGCCACCACGCUGUACCAGCACAACCUGACCGGAAUCCUGGAGACCGCGGUGCGAGCCACGAACGCUCAGUUCGAUAGUCCUGACAUCCUGAAGCGGCUGGACGUCCGGCUCCUGGAGGUGUCUCCAGGUGACACGGGUUGGGAUGUUUUCAGCCUGGACUAUCAUGUUGAUGGACCUAUCGCCACGGUGUUCACUCGCGAGUGUAUGAGCCACUACCUGCGGGUGUUCAACUUCCUGUGGAGAGCCAAGCGGAUGGAAUAUAUCCUGACUGACAUCUGGAAGAGCCAGAUGUGCAACGCCAAGCUGCUGAAGAGCAUGCCAGAGCUGUCUGGAGUGCUGCACCAGUGUCACAUCUUGGCCUCAGAGAUGGUCCAUUUCAUCCACCAGAUGCAGUACUACAUCACAUUCGAGGUGUUGGAAUGUUCAUGGGAUGAACUGUGGAAUAAAGUGCAGCAGGCUCAGGACCUGGAUCACAUCAUCGCAGCCCAUGAGGUUUUCCUUGACACCAUCAUCUCCCGCUGCCUCCUGGACUCCAACAGCAGGUCUUUGUUGAACCAGCUUCGGGCCGUGUUUGACCAGAUCAUCGAGUUCCAGAAUGCUCAGAAUGCUCUGUAUCGCUCGGCCCUGGAGGAACUGCAGUUGCGAGUGCUGUUUGAAGACAGCAAGAGACGCAGAGAAGAAGAGGGUGACUGGGGUGUGACGGCGGAGCAGGAAGCGGCAGAGAACAGACGAGUGCAGGAGUUUAAGGACACCAUACCAAAAAUGUGCUCUCAGUUCAGACUGCUCACACAUUUCUAUCAGGGCAUCGUUCAGGAGUUCUUACGGCUGCUCAUGACCAGCUCGGACGAGAGCCUGCAGUUCCUCAGCUUCCGGCUAGAUUUCAACGAGCACUACAAGGCCCGGGACCCUCGCCUGCGCCCCUCACUGGGGGCCACCAGGGGGCGGCGCAGCUCCAACAUUUAACCCAACCACCUACAGUUAGGGUUGAUGUAUCUUUACAACGGACACUGAUGUCGGGAGAUGGUCGGAGUUUCGUGCUUACGACAGAUGUGAAUAAAAUACACAAUAACAAUUCAACCUUUUCCUUAUGUAUCAUCACCGAAUGUCCUGAAAAUCUUCAAAUGAUUUCCGAAAUGUGGAAUUUUUUUUUAGCACAUGGUCACAAGUCUGUUAGCCAAUCUCGUUACUGUUGGAAGUUAUUUUCUACAUAUGUGCAUAUUAAGGGCAGUUAAGACUUUCUGGAAUUACAGCCCAAAUAAAGGCACCUUUUAAUAAA